AUAUAGGGUUAAUAGUAAAGUUGCAAAUAUUUCUUUAUUUUUAACCAGAGUUUCCGCGUUCCAAAAUAUAAAGUUGUAUUUAUUAGGAAAUAUUUUACUUUUAAUAUAGGAUUUGUUGGCACGAAUCCGAAUUUAGUCCACUCGGAUAAUACCUGAUGGGAAACUAAAAAAAGAACUUUCUAUAUUUGUGUAGCUUCAGUAUCAUCAGAGGUUCAGAGUGAGAGAAGAGAAAAGGAGAUGACUUUGGGACUGAUAAAUGCAAAUCCAGUGGUUCACGCCAAAAAGGAGAGGAUCGCUCGCCCUGAAGAUCAUCACGCCGUUGAUGCUCUCGACAUUUAUGAUUUCGUGAGGGAUAUAAGAGAUCCAGAGCAUCCGUAUUCGUUAGAGCAGCUGAGUGUACUCUCCGAAGAGUCCAUUACUGUUGACGAGAAGCUUGGACGCAUUCUGAUUACUUUCACCCCAACCAUCCAGCACUGUAGCAUGGCAAAUGUGAUUGGCCUUUGUUUGAGAGAGAAGUUGAAGAAUUGCUUCCCUCCUCAUUUCAAGGUAGAUAUAAAAGUGGCUCCUGGAUCUCAUGCGGACGAAGACGCAGUUAACAAGCAGUUGAAUGAUAAAGAAAGGGUUGCUGCUGCCAUGGAGAACCCAAAUCUUCGCCAGCUUGUUGAUGAGUGCCUCUAUUCGAGUGAGCUUUAAAAGAACUAUGUUUUCAUUUCCUAACAAAUUGUAUAGUAGGUCUACCUAGCUUUAACAAAUGCCAUCUGGACAUGGGGAUAUGUUCUACGAGAUUCAAAUCCGCUGAAACAAGGAGCAGUGAUCAAUCUGUAGUUCAAGCAAGUCUACUUGCAAUGUGCCUUGAGGCCGACGAACGUAUGUAAGAUGCUUUCCAUGUCAGUAAACACUAGAUGGAAGCUACAUUUAAAAGUUUGUAAGAUUUACCUAGUGACAAUGGUGCCUGUUCUUUGUGUGGGCAAAAUUUGUAGAAUAUGACAAUGCAUCGGCAAUUAUGUACGAUAUACUUAGAGGCGGAGCCAGGAUAUGAAGUUUAUGAGUUCAAAAUUUAGUUUUUUUUUUAA